AUGUUAUACUUUGUCAACAUUGAACAUAAAGACUUUAUAAAUGGAAGAAAAUGGUGGAUAGAUAACCAAAGUACAUCCAAUUCAGUUUUCCUUUGGUUAUUAAUUCUUUUCAAUAGAGGUAUCCAGCUUGGUCCAGUGCUAGGAAAGGAAAUUCACUCAGGGAAUAAUGUCUACAUUGGAUUCCUUUUUGUAUAUUUUUGUAAUUCAUUAUAUUUUGUCCUAUCAUUCACAGGACAGCCAUGCCUCGUGCCAUCAGCAGUCCAUGUUCUUGUGUUGUUAAACCCUUGUUGUGGAACAGGAAAGGCUCUCACUCUGUUUGAGAAUCACGUCAUGCCUAUGUUGACUGAGGCCAAUGCCCGUUUCACUUUGCUGGUGACAGAGAGGCCCAACCAGGCAUAUGAGGUGGUGCGCGACCAGGAUCUGUCUAACUGGGAUGUGAUUGCUGUAAUGUCAGGGGAUGGACUUAUAUAUGAGGUCAUUAAUGGGUUGAUGGCACGACAGGAUUGGGCAGAUGCCAUUAAAAAGCCCAUUUCUGCUCUUCCAAGUGGUUCAGGAAAUGCUCUAGCUGCAUCUAUCAAUUAUUAUUCUGGACAUGAACAAGUGACAGGUAAAAAGCUCCUCACAAACUGUGCCUUUAUCCUAUGUAAGGGUCAGCUGCUACCCCUGGACAUUGUCUCCCUGACCACCUUGCCUGGAAAGAGGAUCUUCUCCUUCCUUAGCGUGGCCUGGGGCCUAAUUUCAGACGUUGAUAUAGAAAGUGAGAAAUACAGGUUUAUGGGCUAUGCCCGUUUCUCUAUAGGAACCUUUGUGCGGCUGACUGCAUUACGUACUUACUCAGGUCGUCUCUCGUUCCUGCCAGGCAGCUCCUCAACUGCAGAAAUGGAAAGUGGAGGUAGUCCUCCAACAGACGGCACACUGCUGGAAGACCAUCUACUGGUACCGCUGGAUCAGCCCGUUCCAAGUCACUGGCAUACUGUCGAAGACCAGUUUGUCCUUGUUCUGGCACUUUAUCAGUCUCACCUGGGGGCUGAACACUUUGCUGCCCCUAUGUUCAAAGGUCCAGGUGAAGGGCACAUCCACUUGUAUUACGCCACCUCCAGAAUCUCAAGGACAAGUCUUGUUAAACUGUUUAUGGCUAUGGAGAAGGGAACACAUCUGGACCAUGAUAUUCCCCAUUUGACUCACCUUCCUGUUCUGGCAUUUCGAAUAGAACCACAUGAAAGCACUGGUAUAAUGACAGUGGAUGGAGAGGAAAUUCAAUGCAGUCCGAUCCAGGGACAGAUUCACAGGGGCUUAGGACGUGUGAUAUCAAUUGCUCCAAAGUCCCAAUGCAAACAGUAA